UUAUUUUAAAACUUAAAUUUCGGCAGCGGAACCUGCGCCGGAACCAUGUUUCGCAACCAGUAUGACAAUGACGUCACUGUUUGGAGCCCUCAGGGCAGGAUUCAUCAAAUUGAAUAUGCAAUGGAAGCUGUCAAACAAGGUUCAGCCACAGUUGGUCUGAAAUCAAAAACCCAUGCAGUGUUGGUUGCAUUGAAGAGAGCACAGUCAGAGCUUGCAACUCAUCAAAAGAAAAUUCUUCAUGUUGAUAACCAUAUUGGUAUCUCAAUUGUGGGACUUUCUGCUGAUGCUAGACUGUUAUGUAAUUUUAUGCGCCAGGAGUGUUUGGAUUCCAGAUUUGUAUUUGAAAGACCUCUUCCUGUGUCUUGUCUGUAUCUAAUUGGAAGCAAGACCCAGAUACCAACACAACGGUAUGGCCGGAGACCAUAUGGUGUUGGACUGCUUAUUGCUGGUUAUGAUGAUAUGGGCCCUCACAUUUUCCAAACCUGUCCAUCUGCCAACUAUUUUGACUGUAGAGCCAUGUCCAUUGGAGCCCGUUCUCAAUCAGCUCGUACUUACUUGGAGAGACAUAUGUCUGGGUUUGUGGAGUGCAAUUUGAAUGAACUGGUUAAACAUGGUCUGCGUGCCUUACGAGAGACACUUUCUGCAGAACAGGACCUAACUACAAAGAAUGUUUCCAUUGGAAUUGUUGGUAAAGACUUGGAGUUUACGAUUUAUGAUGAUGAUGAUGAUGAUGUAUCUCCGUUCCUGGAAGGUCUUGAAGAAAGACCACAGAGAAAGGCACAGCCUGCUCAACCUGCUGAUGAACCUCUAGAAAAGGCUGAUGCAAUGGAGCAUUAAGUCAUUAACCAGUCUAUAUGUGUAUUAUCAAAUAUGUAAGAAUGCAGGAGCCCUUACUGAGGACAGUAAUCUAUACUUUGAACCAAAAGAUGCAGCGUGGUCUUCUGGUAUGUUUUAGGAAUCGGUCCAGAUGUGUUUUUCCCAAGUAACUUGUCUGAACCAUAUAAUGGUGUGCAUUUUUCUUUGAGAGGGUCUAUAUAAUCAUUUUCUAGAAAGUAUAGUUAUCUGUACUAAUGUUUUUAUAUGAAGAACAUAAUGUCUUUGUGGUUUUAUUUUUUUUUAUUUUUAUUUUUUUAAAUAUGGAACGCUUCACGAAUUUGUGUGUCAUCCUUGCGCAGGGGCCAUGCUAAUCUUCUCUGUAUCGUUCCAAUUUUAGUAUAUGUGCUGCCGAAGCAAGCACAUCUUUGUGGUUUUAAAGACAACUGUGAAAUAAAAUUGUUUCACCUGCCAAAAAAAAUAAAUAAAACUUAAAUUUCAAUUUAUGUGCCACACAAUUCACCCUUUGAUUUCAUUCUGGUAGACUCAGACCAAACUUGUACAGAUUUUUAUCAUGUAGUGAAAAUAUUUUUUAUGUUGAAUCAUGAAUUCAUUUAUGAGCGUGAGCCACGCACUCUGAUCUUUCAGAAUAGUCCAACUUCUACAAGUUACUUGAUCACUUUAAUUCCUAAAUCCAGCUAAUAGUUUGCUCAUGAAUUCCUUGACAGUAUUUCCUUUCCCAGGACUCUUCUUCAGGUACAAUGUGUUUUUUGACCAUUUGCAAGCAAAGUAGAGGCAACACCUGUAUAUGGAAAUUAGAAUAACUCAUGUUCCAUUCUAUGGUGUAUUUGAGUUUAGCACUUCCCAACUGGGUAUCUUCACAUCCCAGAUGAGUACUCCGUUAUGGUAUGUGUGCCUGAGUCCACAUAGGUUGGAAUCUUAGCAGUACAUCUUUACUCCCUAGAUCUCUAAGCUUAUUUCCCCCUGUCUUUUUCUCCCUACCACCCUCCCUGGUGAGUUUACAUGACCUUGGUUUUUCCUCUGCUGCUCCACACAGGCAUGUGAUCGGUGUCUGCUUUGCUCUUAGAGUCUUGGGGAAAUGAAAAGUUAACUCUCCCUUAGAAAAGGUUGGGGAUUUCUGGACUACAAAGUUAACGUUUGAAAAUGUUUGUGUUUGCUGUGUUAAUAGGGGUAUGGGAGCACAGAUGCUCUCUGACCUUUUUGGUGGAAACCAAAAUUUGGUAAAUUAGCAAUACUUUUAUGGAAUCCAGUAUAACAGAAUUUGAUAAAGUUUUUAAAAAUGUGAUCCCCUUUGAGCCCACACUUCUGUCUAUAAGAGUUUUCCACACAGACAUGUAGGUGUGCAGAGACAUAUCAAAGAUAUAUAUUGCAGUAUCAUUUGUAGUGACAAAAGAUGGGAAACAACCUAAAUAUCCAUCAGUAGGUCAAAUCAAUUAUGGUAUGGUCAUAUAGUAGAAUAUUCUGAGUGAUUGAGAAGAAUGAGGCAUGUUUCUUUGAUAUUUUAUUAAAUAAAAAAAAUAAGGCACACAUCUGCUUACUUGGUAUGUUGUCAUUUAUGUAUGUAAAACAUCUCUGGAGAGCAGCAUUAGAGCUUGUUUCAGUUGUUGCCUCUAAGAACCAAUUAAUACCUGGAGAUCU